GCUCCCACCUGGGAAACUGGCUCAAAGACUUGCCAUGAAGUGCCCUGGAUCUCCAGAGAGCUCAAGACUUGCCUUCUUCCUGGAAAAUGCCUUAGCCAGAGAGGCUAGGGUUUGGAAAGUGCCCCCUUUCCAGAAUCUCACCCUGAAGGGCACAGAUAUCUCUCUAUUGUGUUACAAGAAAGCGGUUCUCUGGAUUGCAGAAAUCAGCUCCCAGUUCCAGUUUUACCCUGAAACAUUUGCCUUAGCUACCAGCAUCCUUAACCGGUUAUUGGCAUCCGUAAAGGCCCAAUUAAAAUAUCUUCAGUGCAUAGCAAUUUCCUGCCUUGUCCUUGCAGCAAAAACCAGUGAAGAAGAUGAGGUAAUACCAUCGGUGAGGAUGCUCGCGGUGCAGAGUGGCUGCAAACGCUCUCCAGCUGAGAUCUUGAGAAUGGAAAGGAUUAUACUAGAUAAGCUUCACUGGGAUCUUUACACAGCAACACCAGUGGAUUUCUUAAACAUUUUCCACGCCAUGGUGAUGUCCAACUGGCCCCAUCUACUACCUGGGCUGCCUCAGAGGAAUCCUUCCCGCCACGUUGCGUUCUUGACCAAACAGCUACAGCACUGUAUGGCGUGCCACCAGCUACUGCAGUUUAAGGGCUCCACGCUGGCUUUGGUGAUCAUCACCUUAGAGCUGGAGAGGCUGACUCCUGAGUGGUUUCCUGUUAUUACUGAUCUGCUAAAAAAAGCACAGGUUGACAGCACUGAAUUCAUCCGCUGCAAAGAGCUCGUGGACCAAGAGCUGACGGGCCUGCCGCCAUCCAACGCUGUUUACCUUUUCUGUCCCAUCCAGGCCCAUCCCAAGGCAAGGCUACCCGCCCAGGACCCACCUGGAUGGAAGAAUUCCCAUCAAGGGAGGUCGAGGGUCGCACCUUUCACACCUACCACGGCCCAGGCUCCUGCUGACGCCGUGGAGGCGGAGGAGUACUACGAUGGAUUCGGACGCCUGUACAGUGAGGACGGGGCAGCGAGCGGCGGGAGGGGCAGCUCGGGGGGCUCGUGCCCUCCGCUGGGGCCUGGAGAAGGCAGCUCCCCGUGUCCUCCCUUACGGCCGCCCGAGAGGCACUAG